UUGCGGAAGCUUGCUGUGAUGUAACGGAGUAAACCUUAACUCUGGUGCGGGGCUCUUUGUCUACGGUUAUAAUGAAUAUAGUUUUGCUUGUUCGCAGACGUUGCCCGGAUGCCGUCUGAAAAGUUUUAAGAUAAUGCACAUCACGAGUCCGUCUUCAUUGCAGGAAAAAAAAAGUAGGAGAUGAUAUGUUGUAAAUCAACUUCAACAGCGACCGCAAAAUGAUGGACUACAGUUCUCCAGGGUGUUGGGAAGCCUUACGACCGCACGUGUUGUCAGCCGUGGCUUGCCUGCCCUUGCUGUCGGCGGGCAUCUCCAUAGCCUACCCGGCCACGGCGCUCCCGCAGCUGCAGGCCGCAUCGGGUAACAGCACCUUCACCCUGAGCGACGACGAAGCUUCGUGGUUCACGAGCGUGUUCGCGGCCGCCGCGCCCCUGGGCGGGCUGCUCGCCGCCGCGCUGCUGGACCGCCUGGGCCGCCGCGCGCUGCUGCUGCUCUGCGACGCGCCCUCGCUGCUGGGCUGGCUGCUGGUUGCGCGCGCCCCUCACACCUCCACUCCCCUGGCCGAGCUGCUGGCGGCGCGCGCGCUGGCUGGGCUGUCCCUGGGAGCCGCCCUCGCCUCCAGCACGGCCUACCUGCUGGAGGUGCUGGCCCCCAGGAGCCCGCGGCGCCUGCUCGCCUGGCCCGGCCUGAUGCUGGCUGCCGGGGCGCUGCUGGCCUACUGCCUCGCGGCCGCCGGCCUCGCCUGGGACCUGGCGGCAUACGCCUCCGCCGCCGCGCCUUGCCUUUCCGCGCUGCUGGUCGCCUGGCGCCUGCCCGAGAGCCCACCCUGGCUGCGCCUGCAGGGCCGACCCGGUGACGCAGACUGGGCCUUGCAGAAGCUGCGUCUGCCCGCGCCUCCCGCCACCCCGCCGCGUCGCCGCUCCUCCUGCCCCGGCUGCGACAAGAGGCACGACAACUGCCUCUUCUGCGCCGAGCGCUUCCGCGACGCGUCCUCGAACCCCCCGCGCGAGGACGACGUCACCUGCAGGUCCUUCCUGCAGGUGUUCUUCACGUGGCGCGUGCUCAGGAUCCUGGCCGCUCAGCUGUUCCUGGCGGCGCUGCAGGCGUCCUGCGGGGUGCUAGUGGUUCUGGCCUACCUCGCCGAGGUCGCCGGGGGACUGGGGGUCGACCAGUUGCCGCCGCGAUACCUCGCCGUGGCUUGCGGCGCGCUGGCAGUGUCCUCCGUCGCGGUUGUGGGUCUUCUGGAGCCGAGACACGGCCUGAGGGCAGUCCUUCUGUGGGCCAGCUCCGGCGCCGCCAUGUCCUCGCUGUUCCUCUCCUUCCACCUGACAGUCCUGCGCGCGGGCGGUCCUGCCGCGGCGCUGCCCUACUACCGGUGGGUGCCGCUCGCCGGCUUGCUGUCUUUCGUGCUGUUCUCCUCCUCGUGGCUGUUCGCCUUCCCCUGGCUGGACCUGGCAGAGGAGUUCCCGCCGGAGGUGCGAGGAACAGUCGGCCACCUCGCGCUGCUCGCCAAGUUCUCGGCGGGCUUCGCCAACCUCAGGUACUUCCCGCUGGUCGACGCGGGACUAGCGUGGUACUACCUGUGCCUCGUCAACACCUCGGGCGCGGUUCUGGGGUUCCUGUUCUGGCCCAGGACGGAGUCCCCGCAGCUCGGCGUCAUGGGGCAGGCGGUGAUCCCUCCCGGCAUGGCCGCAGUCCCGGAGGAGGAGAGGCUGCUGACCGCCCAAGACGCCUCGCGCUCGUGACACGUCUACCUCCACGCCCGGACGCCGUUUCCAAAACACUGCUCCGGCUCUAGUCCUAGCGCCACCUGUGCGCCAGACUGUGUGUUCAUUCGCUCCCACUGUACAUCGAACCAAGCGUUUCUUUUUAUUUACGUUUCACAGUGUUUUCAUUACGCUCCGGAUAGUACUUAUAUGACUAGUUUGAAAAACCACAUGAUUAAAAAUAUAUUUAUUACAUACAUAUAUAUUUAAAGUAAACAUACACGUGAUGAACCUUCUUGAAUAUAUAUUUUUUUGCCAGUUCUUACAAGUGGCAUAGUUGUGACAAGACAGUAUGUAGAACAAGUAGUUUCGUAAAAGUUUUUGUGUUUCGGUGCAAUUUUUUUUUUUCGUAAACCCUUAAAGACAACGUUUCCGCAAAAUUUAUUUCAAAAUCAUCCCAAGUGUUGUUUUUUUUUUUUUUUUUUUUCUGUUUUGAAGAAACAAGUUUGCAUUUCGAACUGAAACUGAACUUAGAAAUUUUAGGAUUAAUUUGUAGUAUUUAACACAUUUAUAUAGUUUUUCUACCGAUAAUGGAUCUUACACAUUCCUACAUAGAAAACCAACUAUAUUUUAAGCAGUAGGUGUAUUUACGAAGAAAUACUAAUUUAUUUUUUAGUUGAAAUUAUUGUUAUCUCACUAUUUAAUUCUUUACUUACAUAUUAAAAUGAUAGAGUGUGAUUUAAGUAGUUUGUUUGCAAGAAGUAAACUUGUAAAUACUGGACAUAUUUCAAAAUAUGACUUUACUGCUAUAAAUAAUUUACAUGUUCUUGAUGUAUGUAGGCUAUUUUAUACUUUAAAUAAAUAAUAAAAAAUGUGUACAACUAAAUACAUCUAGCACAAUAGUACAGAUACACACCAUAUAUACAUGUUUAUCACCAAGACAUGUAUAUUAGAAAGGAGUAAAGUUACACCAAAGAGCAAUGGAAAUACGCAUAUAAAUUGUGUGUGAAUUAAAUACAUUUUUAAAACUUUUUUUAUUACUAAUAUGUCUAUGUUUUUUUUUAUUUUUUUAAGAUGGAGAUUGUGUUUUUUUUGUAAGAAAUAAACUCAAGCACUGCUGGACCUUUUCUAAAAAAAAAUCUUCACUGUUAUACAUUAUUCCGAACGAACAGGGAUUUGUUUGGUUUUAUUUAUUUUAAAGAAAAUAAGGUUCCAUAUGAUAAAGCAAUAUUUCUUUUAAAACCGGAGAAAUCCGGCCACACUGACUACUUUCUGAAAACGUGCGCUGAGUUGUAUGUUUAUUUUAACUUUAAACAUAGACAGUAGGUGGCUCCCUAUUUCUAACGCAAUUGUGGCCCUUUCAAUAUGUAUUCCCUAAGUAACUGUGUUUUUAUAACAGAUAAAAAUUAUGUAUGAUAAUGUUUCUAUAUCAGCUGUAUAAAAAAUACACAAUUCUUCUGUAUUCUAGGAAUCAUUGGUAUAGUUAUUCGUAAGAACAUGCCAAAUACACGUUAUUUUUUGGAAGCAAGUUGAAUUACAAAAUAUUAUAAACUAUCUAAUCAAAGCCAUUACUAUUCGCUUUGUCGAAUUUUUACCUCAUUGGUGACAUAUUCUUUCGUUACGUUUGUUGUUAAUUCAAGAUCUUCAGUGCACAUUGAGCAACCCUCGAUACAAAUAAAUAUUUCAUUCCAAUGUACUAGAGGUUUUAUUCUUUAAUUUCAUCAAAUAAUAAUGUAAAUCUAUCUAGUCUUUUUUAUUUGUCCUUUGAUUCUGUUUCGCAUAACGUUAUUAAUAAAUGUAAAUGAAUAAAAAUAAAAGAACCUAAUUCAUUUGAAGCUUGUUUUUAAUUAUUUCAGCAAGUACUUUUAAAAAUUUCUAAUUAGGAUUUUAUAUGAGAAUGUUUUAAAACAGUGUAUAUGUACUUCAGAUGGCCCCGAAAAUUUGUGUAAACACCUUGAUUUAUGGGGCAAUCAAAACUCUGAAUAUAUUUACAUAUUUGUACUUGGUAUUUUCAUAUCCAUAAACUGCUC